UGUUGGUGGGAGAACGCACUUGUGCCUGCAUCUGUACCUGCCUCUAUCACUGCUGGAACUAAUCACAGGCAUCAGCUCCUCUCCAGCCUAAUGCAGAUCACAUUAGUGCUUAGAAACUGGGCAAUUUAGCAGUGGAUGGAACCUACACCAGAAGCACUCCACUUUAGCUGCAUGAAGAUCUGACAGUAUUCCUGAGUAUUACUUGAAGAUCACAUCCAGGGGACUGACCUUUAGUACCAGACUGCGUCUUUUCAUCAGAAGGAUCCUAAGUGUCCUGAUACCCCACCGAUGCUUCAUCCCUGGCUGCAUUUAACUCCCCUCUGGACUCUGCUGGCUCCAAUUAGAAAUGAGAUGUAAGGCAUCUUGCAGUCCAUGCACGCCUCCUCUUGCAAAUCGGCACCAUUUCUCAGCGACAACCUUUAAAUCCUAAAAUCCAAGAAAACAAAGGAAGCACAUUAUCAUGGACCUGAGGGAUUUUUACCUGUUGGCUGCUCUUAUUGCCUGCUUAAGGCUGGAUUCUGCAAUUGCCCAAGAACUUAUUUACACUAUAAGGGAGGAACUGCCUGAAAAUGUACCGAUUGGAAACAUACCAAAGGACCUGAAUAUCUCACAUAUCAAUGCUGCAACCGGAACCAGUAACAGCCUGGUCUACAGACUGGUUUCUAAAGCUGGUGACUCGCCUUUGGUCAAGGUGUCCAGCACCACUGGGGAGAUCUUCACCACCUCCACCAGAAUAGACCGAGAAAAACUCUGUGCUGGAUCAUCUUACUCUGAGGAAAAUGAAUGUUUCUUUGAACUUGAAGUAGUCAUCCUUCCCAAUGACUUUUUCCGGCUGAUUAAGAUCAAAAUAAUUGUCACCGAUACCAAUGAUAAUGCACCUAUGUUUCCUUCAACUGUAAUCAACAUUUCUAUUCCAGAAAACACACUUAUAAACAGCCGCUUCCCUAUUCCAUCAGCAGUGGACCCUGACACAGGUUUCAAUGGAGUGCAGCACUAUGGACUUUUAAAUGGACAGAACGUCUUUGGACUGGACAUUGUUGAGACACCAGAGGGGGAGAAAUGGCCACAGCUCAUAGUGCAGCAGGUCUUGGACAGAGAGCAAAAAGACACUUAUGUAAUGAAAAUUAAAGUGGAGGAUGGCGGAAACCCUCAGAAAUCCAGCACUGCUAUCCUGCAAGUCACAGUAAGUGAUGUGAAUGAUAACAAACCAGUGUUCAAAGAAAGUCAGAUAGAAGUUCAUAUCCCUGAGAAUGCUCCCAUAGGGACCUCUGUCGUACAGUUGCAUGCAACAGAUGCAGACAUAGGCAGCAAUGCCGAGGUAAAAUAUAUCUAUGGUGCCCAAGUGACAUCUGCUACCAAAAGACUUUUUGCUUUAAAUAAUACUACUGGAUUAAUUACAGUACAGAGACCGCUGGACAGGGAAGAUACUGCAAUUCACAAGUUAACUGUCCUAGCCACAGAUGGCAGCUCCACACCUGCAAGGGCAACUGUUACUAUUAAUGUGACUGAUGUGAAUGACAACCCACCUAAUAUUGAUCUCAGGUAUAUUAUAAGCCCUAUUAAUGGCACAGUGUAUUUAUCAGAGAAAGACCCUAUAAACACAAAGAUAGCCCUGAUCACAGUGUCCGAUAAAGACACGGAUGUCAACAGCAAGGUCAUCUGCUUUAUUGAAAGAGAAGUACCUUUUCACCUAAAAGCCGUCUAUGAUAACCAAUAUUUGCUGGAAACUUCUUCCUUGUUGGACUAUGAGGGCACCAAAGAAUUCAGUUUCAAGAUAGUUGCUGCAGACACCGGAAAGCCAAGCCUCAACCAAACUGCCUUGGUGAGAGUGGAAUUGGAGGAUGAGAAUGACAAUCCUCCAAUUUUUACUCAGCCCGUAAUUGAGCUAUCAGUGUCUGAAAACAACCGCAGAGGUCUCUACUUAACCACUAUCAGUGCCACAGAUGAAGACAGUGGGAAGAAUUCAGACAUUGUUUAUCAGCUUGGUCCCAAUGCUUCCUUUUUUGAUUUGGACCGGAAGACAGGAGUUUUGACAGCCUCUAGAGUUUUUGACAGAGAGGAGCAGGAACGGUUCAUUUUCACUGUCACAGCCAGAGACAAUGGCACUCCUCCACUGCAGAGCCAAGCAGCUGUGAUAGUAACUGUGCUGGAUGAGAAUGACAACAGUCCCAAGUUUACGCAUAACCACUUUCAGUUCUUUGUAUCCGAGAACCUUCCAAAGUACAGCACAGUGGGUGUUAUCACAGCAACAGAUUCGGAUGCAGGAGAAAACAAAGCUGUAACCCUUUCAAUACUUAAUGACAAUGAAAAUUUUGUCCUUGAUCCAUAUUCCGGCUUGAUUAAGUCCAAUGUAUCCUUUGACAGAGAGCAACAAGGUUCGUACACAUUUGAUGUCAAAGCUGUUGAUGGAGGGCAGACCCCACGCUCCUCUACUGCAAAAGUAACAAUCAAUAUAAUGGAUGCUAAUGAUAAUAGUCCUGUAGUUAUUUACCCUCCAUCCAAUACAUCAUUUAAGCUGGUGCCUCUUUCAGCCAUUCCUGGCUCUGUUAUUGCAGAAGUUUUUGCUGUGGAUGUUGACACUGGGAUGAAUGCUGAACUGAAAUACACAAUUGUUAGUGGGAAUAGCAAAGGUCUGUUUCGAAUAGACCCUGUAACAGGCAAUAUUACUUUAGAAGAAAAACCAUUUGCAGCAGAUGUCGGCCUGCACCGCCUAGUGGUAAAUAUCAGUGACUUAGGAUACCCUAAGCCUUUGCACACCCUGGUACUGGUGUUCUUAUAUGUCAAUGAGACAGCUGGGAAUGCUUCCUACAUUCAUGAUUUAAUUCGCAGGACUAUGGAAACUCCGCUAGACAGAAACAUUGGAGACAGCAGUCAACCCUACCAAAAUGAGGAUUAUCUUACUAUUAUGAUUGCCAUUGUGGCAGGUGCCAUGGUGGUCAUCGUCGUCAUUUUUGUGACAGUUCUUGUUCGGUGUCGGCACGCAUCAAGGUUUAAAGCUGCCCAGAGGAGCAAACAGGGGGCAGAGUGGAUGUCACCAAACCAGGAGAGCAAGCAGAAUAAAAAAAAGAAAAGAAAGAAACGAAAAUCUCCUAAAAGUUCUCUGCUGAAUUUUGUUACCAUUGAGGAAUCUAAACCUGAUGACACUGUACAUGAACCUAUCAACGGGACUAUUAGUCUUCCAGCCGAGCUGGAGGAACAAGGGAUUGGACGCUUUGAUUGGGGCACUGCCCCUCCAACAACCUUCAAACCUAACAGCCCUGACCUAGCUAAGCAUUACAAGUCUGCCUCUCCGCAGUCUGCUUUUCAUCUUAAAGCAGAUACUCCAGUGUCAGUGAAAAAGCAUCAUGUCAUUCAGGAACUCCCUUUGGACAACACCUUUGUUGGGGGCUGUGACACCCUCUCCAAACGCUCUUCCACUAGUUCAGAUCACUUCAGUGCCUCAGAGUGCAGUUCCCAGGGUGGCUUCAAGACAAAAGGUCCUUUACACACCAGACAGAAAAUGACUCCCGGGGAUGUGGGAAUUACCAUGGAUAACUCAGAAUUUGUAGCCACUAGACAAGCAUCUACAACACUGGUACCACCCCUUUUCUCUGAGAAAGACUCUAAGAACCAUCAUACCUUGUGACCACCAUGCCUAUUCCAUAUCAUCACACAGGGGUGGUCACACAUUGGCCAUGUUGUAAAAAUAAGGGUAUGAUUGAGAUGGACUGCAAUUUGAAGAUAACCAUGUCAAGCAGAGCUAAGGUUCAACAUGAUAUGAAAUUAUUGCAAUUCAUAUAAGAACAAAGUUGGAUGACUAAUUAUAAUCAUGUAGUAAUCACAAAAAACAUAACUAAAUUGUGUUUUACUUGUACAGUG